AUGGCGAAUCACGGCGCCUACGCGGCCAGCAAGCACGGCGUCCUCGGGCUCACGCGUGCGGCGGCCAAGGAGAACGGCGCGCGCGAGGUGAGGGUGAAUGCCGUGGCGCCGGGAUCCAUCUACACGCCCAUGAUGCAGCAGUACUGGGACGAGACGGCGAGGCCGGCGGACGCGCCGUUCAGCGAGCCGUCGGCCAUCCAGAGGCUGGGCACGGCUGACGAGGUGGCCAACGUGGUCCUGUUCCUCCUCGGCCCGGAGAGUACGUUUGUCAGUGGGGCGAUGUAUUCUGUCGAUGGGGGGUGGCGUUGA